UCAGAUCAAAGCACAAGCCAAUUUUCAUUCCAAAUUCUGACAAUACAAGGCUCUCACAAUGUCCCAAAGCAUUAAAAGGGACGAAAUUCCCAGAGACAGGGGAUUGGCCCAGGAGCUGAGGAGUGAAAUAACCCGCAACUCGGCGGAAAUCAGUUUCAACUUUUGGCAGGAGUUCGAACACAUCCGCUCGACGCAGCAAAAUCGCAUAACGCAGGAGCGCUUGCAGCGAGAGCGGAUUAACACUUUGAUCCGGGAUGGUCAAGAGGAGGCCAACCAGGAGGCGGAGGCCCUGAGCCGUUCGAUCAGUGCGCACGGCAUCACCUCGACCACUUUGCCAUCACCAUUGUCAGCAGUCCCAACUGCGUCCAUGGUGAAGAACUCCUUGGUCCAAGGAGCCAAAAAUAUGUCAAAUCGCGCAAGUUCGGGUGUCAAACGGAAGUCGCCGAAGCAGAAGUUCCAAUCACCCAAGCCGAAUAGGCCCAAACAAAGGAACGAAACCGAGGGUGAACCUAACUUGCCUUCUCCAGCCCCCUCGCACAUUCCAAGUGCACCGCCACCCUCAAGAGCCACAAUGAUCACCCCGAAUAUCUCCAACGGUGUAACUCCCAAUAUAUCAAAGUAUCGAUUGGCCAGCAAGCCCAAAAAAUGAUCAUACUGUUUGAGACAAGAAAGCCAAGCAUUAGAUGCCCUUUUAGUAAUAAAAAGUAUAAAAAAUGAA